GUGCUCACCAGGAGUGAGUUAAGGUGGGUCUCGAAUUGUGGAUCCGACCCGACCACCGCCGAGAGGUAUUGCCCGCUUUCCGUGGUACCCCACAGUGACCUCUGGGCCCCGCCAAGUGCUAACAAGUGGGAUUCGCCAUCCGCACUUCCAGGUUCCUUGGCUCUCCAUGUCGAACCGAGCUGGGAAUCGCCCAGGACACUCACCUCAUCCUAUGCUCACCAUCAGUAUCUGACCUUACCAGCCACGCCAGCUUACCUUAAGGUACCUAUUGACCUGCCUUACCUACGGAUACAGUGGACAUCACUGCCCUGCCACUACAGCUGCGUCGCUGUUAGCGCUGCUGCAGGUGCCGUAAUCACUGCUCCCGUCUGCCACCCUGCUGAGGUCAUCAAGGGUGAAAGCUGA